CUGUUGAUGUAGCCGAUCAAGUCAGUCUUUAUCCACUCCUCGGCCUUUCCACACCUUGUUUUGGCUUGUUUCGGUAGAGUUAGCAAAAUUAAAAACAAAAAAACAAAAAAAAAAAAUAUAAAAUAAUAAAAUCAAAAUGUGGCGAAUGUAUCGGGUAUUCGUGGAACAGGGCUUAAAGUCCUGCCUGGAUUCUCUGGCGAAUUCAUGCAACCAGCUGAAGGCCGAGGUCUUGAGGCCCAUCUUCGGAGCAGGAUCGGGCGUUGCAACAUCUGGAGCAGCCGGAGCACCUGGAGCUUCUGGAGCACCUGGAGUAGGGGCAGUCAAUAUCUCCAGUGUGCUCUGCCUGCAGGUGCGCAACUACAGCAAGAAGGCCGCCGCCGAUGACAACUGCGGGGCGCCCAAGGAGUGUGACACUCAGAAAACGGACGGAUCCAAGGGAUGCGGUCCCUCACACUUUAAGGGCUCCAUCUGCGAUAUGGUCAAAGGCACGAAGGCCAAGAAGGCCGAGGAGAAGAAAGAGUCCAAGCCCAAGAAGGCCAAGUCCAGCAAGAAGAUUUCCAUGUGGGAAGUUGACGGGUGUGAGUACGUGCCCGAUUGCGUAUUGCCCUCCCGCCUGGAUAUCGCCUACUAUCGCAUCACGGACAAGCAGGCCCGCGAAUACCAAGUUACAUGGAACGAGUGCCCCAGGCUGGUGAUCAAGCCCAAAAAGGUAUGCAUCCACCAGAAGCACCCCCGACCAAAGCCCUGCCGUCGUCGUCGCAAGGGCCAGGCGGCCACCGCUCGGCCCAAGAUGCCCAUGGUCAACCCCAUGAAGUGCCAUGAGGAGGGGGCGACCAGCACCUGCCCCCGCUGGACAUUGCCCUGCUGCAAGCCAGCCCGGAAUCCGCCAAGCUGCACCCUCACGCGCCGCGUCACAAAGUGCAAGAAGCGUCUGGCGCCUUAUCCCAGCUUCUCGGAGUGCAGGAAGGACGAGUUGCCCGACGCGCCGCCCACUGAAUGCAAGUGCCUGGCCACACCCAUGGCCUGCGAAGUUUGGGCCGAAAUUCGUCGCCGAAUUGCCCGGGGCAAGUCCCCAGUGCUCAAGUGCGGCGAAGUGUAGGAGGCGGCGACAGAUCAUUCAGCCGAACUAGGGAGCUUGUGAAAGUUGGCCCCCAAGCACCACACCGUUCAUAUCAAAAUUCCAAAUCUUCAAAAUGUUUAGACUACUCAAAAUUCUAUCUGUUACCACCUCCUCGGCUCUGAUACCGAGCUUCAAAAUGCAGUGCCUCGUUAGGAGCACGGCUCCAAUUGCCAUCCGCUCAAAGAGCGCCACAUCCAAGUCCUCUUCAACUUUAAACUCAAAAUCAAAAGGCAAGAACAAGCCGGAGCCCAGUUGUAAGCGCAAUGCCCGGAAGAAGAAUUGCUCCAAGGUGCCAGCACCGUCUCCGAGCUACUCGGAGUGCCGGCGAGAGCCCGCGGUACCCAAGCCCCCUACAGAAUGCGACUGCGGAGACUUUGACAAAUGCUGAUCAGUCAAUCAUCACGGAUGUCGGAGGAUAGCUUACAAACCCCACACUGAAGAACUUUAUCGAGCUGUUAAGUUGGCUUUUAUUAUUUAAUACUGUCUUAAUCUUUUCCUUGGCGGCACCUGGAGCUUAGGUGUUUCGUCCACAACUUUGACCCGGGUACUCUUUUUCAACUACUUUCCUUGAUGACACUUAACCAUUAAAAUAUAACUUCAAAAUAA